GUGGUGCUCCGUCCAUCAUUGUCAAUUCGGCCCAUCUCCUCGCUCUCUCUCUCUCUUUGUGUAGCAUCCCGCUUUUGGCACCAAGUGCCGUCCACUCCUUUCCAUACUUCUAGUCACUCCUUUUGCAAUAUGUUGACUCCAUCCCUUCUUCUCGCCUCCUUUGGCGUCGCCGCUGCUUGGGCCACAGCCGACACCACGGUGACAGUUAAGGAGACUCGGACGAUUACUUUCUGCCCCUACCCUACCGGACUCCCCGUUUGUGACGAGGCUGAUCAAGACUGGGCGAACCUGGACGAUCCAAAUGCAGGACCAUCUGCUGGUGGCUGGGCAGGCUGGCAGGCAGAUCCUAGCGGCCCAAAUGUGUCCGGGUGGAAUGCAGCAACUGCUACAGGCUUGCCGAAAAACCCUGGUGGCGUGUGGGCAGACUGGAAAAACACCACUGUCACUGUCACUGCGACGCCAACCCUGGCCCCGGUGUCGUCUACCGCAACAUUGGACCCGAUCGCAGACAGUUUGACCACCUCCAAGUCUACGACAUCGCAAACAGCUUCAUCACUCGGAGUUAUCUUGGCUGCCGCAGACCCGAUCUCAACGAGCUCUACAACAUCAAAACAGAACCUAUUUAACGGAAGCACAACCUUCAGUGUUGCUUAUCCCGGGUCAACAACGUCGGCGACAACCAGCUCUUCGUCAUCGCUAGCGAUUCUCGUGGAUGGAGAUUUCGUUGUCACCUCUACGCAUACAACUUCAACGACCUCGGGCUCUUUCACUACAGCGGCCUCCUCAACAACUGUGCUCUUAGAUGAUCCAUUGUCUUUUACCACUUCUGCGGCUUCGGUGUCAUCAUCAACAACGUCAGCCUCUUCGACCACCGUCACCGCAGUCACAACAGACACAGCCCCAAGCCAGGUAUCUGGUGACGGUAGCUUCUUGCUUGCUCUCUCCCCAGUUGUGGGAUCGAAGCUCAGACGCCAAAGCACGACGAGCUAUCUCGGUUUCUCAGGGACUGUGGCUAUCGCUGUGACCGACAUCAACGACGCCUGGGCCUUAGUUUUCGAUGAUCUGACCCAGGUCCUUGGGUUCAGCGGACAGUUCGGCUACAUGGGCUUUGACAGCGACACACUGACCGAGCCGGUUCGCAAGACUAGCGCCGAUGGCACAUAUAACCCGGCCGUCUAUGUUGGGUGGAAUGUGGACACCACCACAGGUGUCGUUGAUUUUGGGAGUGCCCAAUUUUGUAUCUCCGCCAAUGCAACACUCUUCGCUUUCUGGGAUCUCAUUAUCCCUGAUGAAUGCACUCCCGUCGAACUUGUCAACACAAACAUCAAUGCCGUCUUGCCUUCAACAACCAGCAGCUUGACCAGCACGACAAGCUCCAGCUCGGCUUCCUCAACCCUGACCACAACUACUUCUGACUCGCUUUUUGGUGAUGAGGCUACUACCUCAACCUCCAGCACUUCAUCGAGCGCCACCUCAACAACGUCGACUACUUCCUCGGACCCAGUCACGACCACCCUCACGUUAGGAAUUUUGGAUGUGGAUUCGUCGUCUACAACGGUCACGACCACUUCUUCCAGCUUCUCGACCUCUGCGGAUCCUACUACCACAUCGGUGUCCACGAGCACCUCUGUGGACCCGGUUAUCUUGGCUGAUGUUACUACUUCUUCCUUCUCUACUCUGACUACCUCAUCCUCCUCCGCGACCACUACCUCCUCCAUUGCCGACCCUGUGGUUGAUAUUGCUUCCACUACAACUAGUGGUUCGACACUCUCGACCACUAGCUCGAGCACGCGGGCACUCACUACUACAUCAACCCAACCUUCACAACGUCGUCCAGACUCACAAGCUCCACAACGACCGGCUCUCUCCUGGUAGUUGUGGAUGUUGCACUCGAAACUACCACCUCUUCGGCGGCCGCAGCCUCUUCGACUACUUCGACGCAGAGAACUACAACUUCGUCGAAGUCGGGCGAUCCGGCGGGUUCUACCACCACGUCGUCACGUUUUACAACUUUCUCGACGUCGACGAGUCUGUUGGCUCUCGAAAAUGUGGCAGUGCCAACUACAUCUUCGUCUCACACAUCUUCAUCUCACACAUCUACUUCGCGAUCGACAAGCUCGACUCACAGCAUCACCACAACCUCGGGCAUUGCGCUCGGUGCUCCGGCAAUUGCCACGACCUCGACUUCGACGAGCUCGCACAAGAGCACAACAACCAGUAGCACUACAUCUAGCUCUUCGAGCUCUUCGGCAGAUCUCGUGGAUACGCUGGUGGAUGAUGUCCUCUCUCUCAGGAGGCGCAGGUUCAGCGAGAUGGUGAGAUGAGUUAGGAGGUGGAAGCUGAGCUUCGAGUAUGGAAAACUAUAAGCAUUGUUGCAGCAGACAAUUUCCUUUUCGUGUUUUGCCGAUGACUUUCUUGUGCGAUGGGCAGCAAGGCAGAUUGAGCUUCAAAGGAGAGACUGGAUAUCGACUUUGAUUUUACACUUGGUUCAGAGGCUACAAAUGAGUGCACACUUGCGUUGCUAGGUUCAAUGCGAUAUAGAAAUACGAUAUCAAUUGUCUCC